UUCAACUCGCCAACAUCACUACUAGCCUAGUGUAUCGAGCUGGGUUGCAGGUUUAUCCUCCAGGCUAUUCAAUUCCAUUCUUAUUUCUCAACAACUUUGCACUCAGCCUCGGAGAUAAUUCCAGCAGCGUGGCAUCAUGUCUGACCUUGACGAGGCCAUCAAACUGCGUCGGGAUGUACUGCUCCUCUGUCCCCCCGGUCAUCCAGAUCGAUCCUCGUCUCUGAACAAUCUCGCAAUCAGUCUUAUAGACAGAUUCCGGCAGCGUGGCAUCAUGUCUGACCUUGAUGAGGCCAUCGAGCUACAUCUGGAUGCAUUACUCCUCCGUCCCCCCGGUCAUCCAGAUCGAUCCAUGUCCCUGAGCAAUCUUGGUGCCAGCCUUCGAAACAGAUUUCAGCAGCGUGGGAUUAUGUCUGACCUCGAUGAGUCCAUUGAGCUGCAUCGAGAUGCAUUACUCCUCCGUCCCCCCGGUCAUCCAGAUCGAUCCUCGUCCCUGAACAAUCUUGCAAACACCCUGGGAGACAGAUUCGAGCAGCGUGGGAUUAUGUCUGACCUUGAUGAGUCCGUCGAGCUGCAUCGGGAUGCAUUACUCCUCCGUCCCCCCGGUCAUCCGAAUCGAUCCAUGUCUUUGAAUAAUCUUGCAAACAGCCUUCGAGACAGAUUCCUGCAACGUGGGAUCAUGUCUGACCUUGACGAGGCCAUCAAGCUGUAUCAGGCUGCAUUACUCCUCCGUCCCCCAGGUCAUUCAGAUCGAUUCUCGUCUCUGAACAAUCUUGCAAACAGCCUUGGAGACAGAUUCCAGCAGCUUGGGAUCGUGUCUGACCUUGAUGAGGCCAUCGAGCUGCAUCAGGAUGCAUCAUUGCUCCGUCCCCCCGGUCAUUCAGAUCGAUCCUCGUCUCUGAACAAUCUUGCUAUCAGCCUCCGAGAUAGAUUCGAGCAGCGGGGCAUGAUGUCUGACCUUGAUGAAGCCAUCGAGCUGCAUCGGGAUGCAUUACUCCUCCGUCCCUGCGGUCAUCCAGAGCGAUCCUCGUCUCUGAGUGAUCUUGCACUGAGCCUUCGAGACAGAUUCCACCAGCGCGGCGCCCAGUCUGACCUUGAUGAAGCAUUUAGCUUAUAUUCUCAACUCUCCCACCUAUCACAUGCAGCAUCUCGCUCAGAUCUUCGUGUUGCUAAAUCAUGGGCGGCCUUCGCUGACACCCUCAAUCACGCCUCUGCAUUGCUUGCCUAUAAGACUGCACUGAAAUUCCUCGAUCAGCAGGUUGCUCUCUUGUCGCCUUCUUUCCAUCAUUUCGAUGUCUUCAGGGAGGCUGUUUCUUCCCUUGCCACAGAUGCUUUUUCAUGCAGUGUUCGUCAUGGUGCGCUGACGACUGCGGUGGAGCUGGUGGAGCAAGGUCGUGCAGUGUUCUGGACCCAGUUGGCACGCUUCAGCACGCCACUGGAUGAACUUUCCGUUUCAGGUGACACCGGCGCGGCCUUGGCAGAAGAGUUCAGACUGUCGAGUUUUCGCCUUCGUAACGCGUUCGAUCAGUCUACUGAAGACCAGUCUCUGCAAAUCCGGCAACUUGCCAUGCAAUGGGAUGACGUGGUUUCACGGAUCCGCAUGAUUCCCGACUUUUCUCGGUUUCUCCUCCCUCCCCUUUUCUCCGACCUACAGAAGGCAGCUGAAGACGGUCCUGUCAUCAUUGUCAAUACUAGCCAGUAUUGCUGCGACGCCUUGAUUGUCCUGAGCGAUCAAGAUCCUGUCCACGUUCCAAUCGGUAUCACGCACACCGAAGUUUCUGAUUUGUCCUCCGAGUUUCAAUCCCUUUCAAAACAAUUUGGUUCUCUUGAUGCUCAACUCAAGCUUGUCAGCAUCCUUCGUAAACUUUGGCAUGGCGUCGUUGGCCCCGUAGUACAAGCCCUUGAGGUAUCAAAUAUUCGCCGUGGUUCGCGUAUCUGGUGGUGUCCCACUGCUGAGUUCGCGCUGCUUCCUUUACAUGCAGCAGGAGCUUAUGAGAAGAAAAGAGAUUGUUUGUCUCACAUCUAUAUCUCCUCAGUACACCCCCACUUUGGCAACUCUUGUUCGUGCGAGACAGCAGGUUUCACGGGAUGCGUCCCCGCAACAUUUUGUUGCCAUUGGUCAAGGAAACCCCGAUGGAGGGAAGCCACUUGAAUGUGUAGCUCCCGAGAUAGCCGUUGUCGCCAAGCGUCUCGUGCCCGCCGUGUCGUCCUUCACGU